CUAAACUGACCAUAAAGAAUAAAAUGGCGUUCGGUUUUUUGUGUGUGAGAUAAAUUUAUUGUUUUCCUAAAAUUGGAGAAUGUAUUAAUCUUGUAGCGAUUUUUUAUAGUAGAUUGUUACUUAAAUAAUAAUAUGAAGUGCUUUCCAGUGUUCAUUGGAGUUAUUGAAGAGUCAAAAGUUGAGAAUUGCGAGCGUGUCGAUGUCGACUGUAGCGUCGUCGUCCUAUGCCGCCUUUUAGAUUGAGCUGAUUAGAUCAAUUUAGAGGAAUUUCUUGGCAUAGAUUGAUUCCUUUUAAUAGUGUAAGAUUAAUUAUGUGCGCGGAGAUACAGCAUUAGAGCCGUUUUGUCGGCAUCAUGGUUUGUGGGUGCGUUGUGCUUUGGUGCGUUAGUAGUUGUGAAAGCGUACAUACAUGUUCAUAAUGUUAUAACUGUCAUGAAGUCUCUUGUUUACUAUCAAAUAGUGGAUUUGUGUUAGUGGGUUUGUUUUUAUGUUCAUUGUAAUAAGUUUUUACCAGUGAAAAUGUGUAUGCCAACUCCGAGCAAUGUUUCGGGCUUUGGUUAUUCGUGGGGGUUCACAAGUGCUGCUGACCCAUUAAAGGGCGAGGCGGAGACCCCAAGUAGUUUGAGUUAUACACUUGGAAACACGGUGUCACCGGAAACUACACUGACUGUUAUGUCACAUAAAACACCACAAGUGCAAGAGAAAGUUGGUAAUGUCACUGUGGCUGUCUCGAAUGCUGCCCAAGUCACCAGAGUUGUGACAACAGGUACGCCUGUUAACGCACGGAGAGCAAUGUUUGUAUUGAAUGAUUCACCUGUUCACACUAUAAACAGAGUGACACAACAAAAUCAAACAGCUACAAUUCAUACUGCUAAUUUGGCUGCGAAACCUUUCAUGACACCAAUUGGGCCUAUUCAGCUAACGGCUGAAGAAUGCAACGAAAUAUUGAUGAAACGAGCCCUUCAGGCCCAAGGGAUCAGCACACCAUCAGUCAUAGAUGCAUCACAGUUGAACCACACACUUUUAAAUGGAAGUAUCAAGACCCUGGCAGAGGCGACGACGCAACAAACUCAAGCAGACUCCAUACAGGCCAACACUGUUCACCAGCAUCACCUGCUGCAUACAAAACAAGAGCCGGGAACAGCAAAUAAUUCACCCAAAGCGGUAUAUUCGCAGACAGAGCUGCUUAACACUACCACAGUGAUGACUACAGCGCCGCCUGCCGCCGCUAAAGAAAGACCGUACUCAUGCGACGAAUGUGGAAAGUCGUUUCUACUGAAACACCAUCUCACCACACACGCUCGAGUCCAUACAGGUGAGCGGCCGCACUCGUGCGCACACUGCGGGAAAGCGUUCGCGCACAAACACUGCCUCAACACGCACCUGGUACUGCACAGUGCCAACCGGCCCUACCAGUGCACCGAGUGCAAGAAAUCCUUCACGCUCAAACAUCACCUACUCACGCACACGAGGGUGCAUAGCCGAGACCGUCCAUUUGUAUGCGGCGAGUGUGGCCGUGGGUUCCCAUUGAAGCGUCAUCUCGUGACACACAGCAAGUACCACGCCGGAGAGCGGCCGUACGUGUGUGGCGAUUGUGGUGAGAGCUUUGCUCAGAAGGAGCAUCUGGUGAUGCACAGCCGCUUCCACGGGUCGCUGUCGCCGUUCGUGUGCGGCGACUGCGGGAUCGCGUUCGCGCGGAAGUUCCAACUGGUGAACCACGGCCGCGUCCACGGGCGAGUGCCUCACGCCUGCCCCGUCUGCGGCAAAGAGUUUCUGCAGAAGCGGACCCUAGUUGCGCACAUGAAAAUACACACGGGAGAAGGCGUUGUCGCAUGUUUGGAAUGUGGCGAAGCGUUCAAGUGUAAAUCGGAGUUGCAGCAACACUGUAAAGUUACGAGACACUGUAUCUCCUCAACACAAUCACAGCAGCAACAACAACAGCAACAACAGCAGGCGGCGCAACAACAGCAACAACAACAGCAGGCAGCGCAACAACAACAGCAACAGCAGCAGCAGCAGCAACAGCAACAGCAGCAACAACAACAACCAACUGUGAUAAAGCAGGAUGACUUUAAACCACAGAUUGUACAGGUGAUUGGUGCAGACGGCCAGAUAAUAUCUGAGAAAACGACGCCAGGAUAUGCAUGUCCGGAAUGUGGUUCGUGUUUCAAUACAAAGGAGGCGCUGUCGCUGCACGUGCGGCUGCACGCGGGCGACCGCACCUGCGUGACCGACCUGUGCGCGCUCACGGCCGCGCUGCAGCCCGGCCUCGUCGCCAACCACGCGCACCACGCGCACAAUCAACCAAUUCAAAUUAUAUCGUCGAACCCCAGUAAUGUUGUACAUACCCAAGUUAUUGCUACGAAUCACCACGUAACGCCGCCACGACCAAAAAUACACUUUUGUAUCGAUUGUGGUAAAGGUUUCGCUGCCAAACACGGUCUACUUGCACAUCAGAGAAGACAUCCAGACGGUAGUUGUACGUUACGAACACACGUGUGCGACCAGUGUGGAAAGGCAUUCUUCCAAAAGAAUCAUCUCAUGCUGCAUCAGCGGCAGCACAUGGAUCUUCCGCCUAGAAAUUCCCAAGCACAGCAACAAGCGACAGCGCAAGCGCAACAGCAAGCGCAACAAGCGGCACAACAGCAGGCGCAACAACAGGCGCAACAGGCGGCGCAACAAGCGGCGCAGCAGGUGCAACAGCAGGUGCAGCAACAGGUGCAACAGCAGAACAGGCUCGAGCUGCAUGAACAGGAUCACCAGCCCACGCACAUACAAGUGGUGACGAAUCGAUCAGGGCAAGUGAUCGGCAAUCAGAUAGUGGUGGGGCCGGUGAGCACGGUGGGCGCGGUGGGCACGGUGGGCACGGUGGGCACGGUGGGCACGGUGGGCGGGCGGCGGCUGCUGCCCGGCUCGCAGCUGCACAUCAUCGGCCGCGAAGGCAAGGCGCUCACGGCACACUUCGCGCCCAAUAAGCACGCUCGCCAUCACACACAGAAUAACGAUGUAAAAGAAGUAAGCGGGCUGGUCCUGUCGACGGGCCGCGGGACAGAGCUGAUCAAGUAUGAGAUCUCGAUCCCACCAUCCAACUCGGUGGUGCAAGUGCAACAGCUGGACUGAGUGAAGCGGGAACCCGACCCUGUCUGGCUCAAGUAGGACUUGACUGGACCCCCCUACGCCCCCAUGUACAGUGAAUACGCACAGUUGUACACCUAGUGCAGUGCAGUGAAGUGAAGUGUUAGUUCUGAGAACAGCGGAUUGAAUAAUGUAAGUGUUGGACAGUGACAAAAUUUAAGAGUGUUCUUAAGGAAGUAUGGCAACAUUGAAAUUAUCUGUCAAUUUUCCAAAACAGUUUAACAAUUUUCAAUGUAUCUGACUGAUUAUUUGAAAAGUUUUCUACUAGCAGACUACAAUGUUAAUCAUGCUAUAAUAUUCUUAUUAAGCAAUUGAAAAUUUGGAUAUUGAUAUAGAAAAUGUAUUUAAAAAAUGCCAAAGCAAAAUAUGAAGUUGUGCAAUGUAUUUUAUGAUUAACAUUUUUAGUAAUGUUUACCAUCACAUGGGCUGUCUGCUUGUUUGCCACCUGUAGUAUAAAAAAGAAAUAUAAUUGUUUAUGAAAAUUGACAGCUGAUUGAGAUGUUGCCACACUUUGGUAGGAAAAAGUCUUAAACACUUUUAACAACACAAAAACUUUGUAGCUAGUCAUAGCAGAUCAUGAAUGAAUUUGUCCUUUUAUGAAUUACAGUAGUAUGCUAUAAUAUUUUUUAAUUUUACCACCACAAUAUAAUAAAUUAAAUUUUGACACGUAAUACAGUCCCUAAAUAAGUGGCAAAUGGAUCUAUUAAUAGAUAUAUUACUUUGUUUGCAUGAAAUAAAAUGAGACAGCAACAUUUGAUAUUGUGUUCUUUCUUAUGUCCUAAUAGAAAUGUUUCUGUUGAUAGAAUCAUAAGCCACUAAAAAGGGGACAGAUAUUGGUGUUGAUUCUGAGAACUCUUCAUUACUUAAAUUUCUAAAAUUAAAAUUUUAAAUUAGAUAGUGUAAUAUAUUGUGUUUUAAACUAUCGAGAGCUAAAUAUAGUUUUGAGUCAAUAUUUAUAUAUAUACUUAAUUUUUACAAAUUAUUUAAAAGUUUAUACUGGUUAUUAGAAUAUAAUAUUACUGUAAUAUUAAUCUGAAAUUUUAGUUUUAGAGAUGGAUGAACAUUUCUUCAGAAUCAAUGCUUUUGUCUUAAUAUUUGCAUAUGCAAUUCUCUUCCCUUAAGUCUUACUUCCAAACAAAAUAUUACAAUAUAAUAUUUUUGUCUUCCAUAUAUUCCAUACAUUUGCACACAUUUUACCAAUUAUAGUUGAAAUAUGACCAGUCAAUUUGGAGUGUGGCACUGUACAAAGUAAUUAAUAGAACUACUCUAAGGUGAUGUGGAUAGUGCAGUGGGGAGAGAAUAACCCAUUAAUAUUAUGAUCUCUCCUCUAACCCUCCAUCAUUUCUUAUCAGAUUGAUCUCCACACAAUUCCACCUGGAAAUAAUUAUAAUUAUUUUCUGCUGAUUUAGUCAUGGUGAGUGAUGAAUGUACUAUUGUAGUAUACUGUUGGUAUCACUCACAUACUGUUGGUAUCUCACCUCUUAUAGUACUAAGUUAACAUUACAUUUUUAGUUUAUUCCGCUCCCCUUACUAGCCAGCCUCUAGCUCUUCCGAUCUCUCUCUUUUCCCUAUUCACGUCUGUCACUCAACAUGCGUGCCACACACUAAGUUGAACAAGUUAUAAUUUGUAUUAUACCAUUUUGUUGGCAAUACAGGUUCAUUAUGUAUUAUUAAAAAACAUGCAUACAAGUGGUUUUAGUAAAAGCAUACAGUAGUUUUCAAGAUGAGUACUAAAUUAAUAUUCUGCUCAUAAAAUAAAGUAUUUUAUUAAUACAAACUGGGCAUAGAGCUGUAAAACAUCACAAAAUUUAGUCAAACAUGAAGUUUCUAGCCCAGUUUGCUGUUAUAUAAACAUCACAAUAUUUAGUCAAGUAUGAAUUUUUUAGCCCAGUUUUCUGUUAAUAAAAUAUAAACAUCACAAUAUUUAGCCAAAUAUAAAUUUUCUGGUCCAGUUUUCUGUCAAUAAAAUAUAAAAAUCACAAUAUUUAGCCAAAUAUGAUUUUUCUGGUCCAGUUUGCUAUUUAUAAAAUAUAAACAUCACAAUAUUUAGCCAAAUAUGAUUUUUCUGGUCCAGUUUGCUAUUUAUAAAAUAUAAACAUCACAAUAUUUAGCCAAAUAUGAUUUUUCUGGCCCAGUUUGCUAUUUAUAAAAUAUAAACAUCACAAUAUUUAGCCAAAUAUGAUUUUUCUGGCCUAGUUUUUUGUUAAUAAAAUAUAAACAUCACUAUAUUUAGCCAAAUAUGAUUUUUCUGGCCCAGUUUUCUGUUAAUACAAUAUAAACAUCACAAUAUUUAGCCAAAUAUGAUUUUUCUGGCCCAGUUUGCUGUUAAUUUAAUAUAAACAAUUACAUUUUGAUAGUUCAUUGAUCAAGUUUUAAAGAAUAAUUGAUGUCCAGAACUUUGUAAAUAAAAAAAAGUCACUGCGGGAGGUAUUUUUGGGUUCGGGUUUCAAUUCUAUGAUUAUAAAAUGUAGAGUGUGUAUAAAAUAGGAAUGUAAAAUGGCGUGUUUGGUGCCUGACUUGGUUGGGAACUGAAGCUUUAUAUGUACAUAGAAUAUUUGGCCACAUAAUGGCUCCAACGUAGGGACACUCAGUGUGAGUUUUCAUAAAUCUAAAUUAGAAUCCGGAAAAAAAUAGAUCAUAAAGCUUUAUUUAAUUAGAUGUCUUUGGACAGCCUUAAUAGAGCCAUACUUUUUUUUUUAUUGUCUAUUGAUACAACAUAGUUAACUACUUAAUUUUCGAUGGCAAUAAAGAAAAACAAUCCACCUGUGUAAUAUACAACGUAAUUAGGCGAUGUUCUAAAAUUUAGAACAUUGGUCGCGGUGUUGUAAAAAGACAAGAUACCAUGUUUCUAUGUAAAGUAGCAUAAUAAGGGUAAUAUAGUUAGUAGUUUAGUCUCUUGUACAUAUCAAUAUGUUUUGUAAUGACACCGAAUCGCGGUUUUUGUAAGUAUACAAUUGUAUCUCUCUGUAUUUACCGCAUUUAAUUUAAUUUUAAUAUUUUAAUGGCCUCUUCGAAUAAGAUUCAUUUAAGUACAGUAUAAAUAUUGUUUUCUUCGAGUAAUGGCAGGUUACGGACUUUUUGUAAUGUGCAAUCAAAAUUCAAGAUUUAGAAGAAAUAUUUUAAGAUCUGAUUAUAUUGAGAAUUUUAUCACAAUAAUUUUUUUUAGCACUGUUGAUCUUAUAUAGUGCAUGAUUGGCGAAUUUAUCCGUGUAGUAAGAAAAGUGUAGGAAAUGGUAUUUUUAAAUGGAUAUAUGUAUUGCGUACCGACAUUAAGAAGGAGGUUCUCAAAAAAUUAAUAAAUAAAUAAGUCUGUAAGAAACCGAUUUAAAAAAAUAUUUUUUAACUAUGAAAGGAUAUACUUAAAGAUUGGCCCCAUGGAAAUUUUAUCAAAAUCGUUAUGGUAGUUUAGUUUUUAACUUGUUUUGUCACAAUUCAAGUCAGUUUUUUAAUAUAAUUUAAUUUCUAGUUUUUUAGUGAUCUUAAAUUAUUGAAUCGAUUAAUUGAGCCAUCUGCCAACUUUACGCACACACACUUUUUUUUUUAAAGUUAACAUGUAUGUAGGCUACUGUAUUUAAAUUAUAUUUUUUUUAAAUUAUUAUAGUUUAUUAGUAUUGUAGUUGGUUGCUAGAUAUAACAAAAUGUCUUCGUUGAUGUAACUAGCUACCAUACGUUUUAAAUGUCUGCUUUGGAAUCCUGCAAUGAGGAGGAGGGCGUUGAUAUUCGCGACACAGUUUUAUACUUCUGCGGAUAUCAUCGUUUUUCAAUAAUAUUGUAACUAAUGUUUUUGUUCUAAAUAAAUAAUAAUUAUUAUUAUUAUUAACUAUUCAAUUGUUACUAUAUUUGAUCAACAGUGCUUAUCGGUAUAGAAAUGGUAUCGGAAUAUGUUGUUCAUCUAGUCUGUGAUAGGGUUUGUCUAUUUCUAUCUGGGUAUCCGAAGUAGUAUAAAUUGGUAAACAAAUAUUGUCAUAUCCUUUGACUUAUGAUUUUUAUUUAUACAUGAUUAUUAUUUAUUAUUAUUUAUUUUUUUAAAAAAAAAAGUCAAAAUUACACAAUAUGUGUACUUUAUAUUACCAAAUUUAAAUUAACAAAAAAAAAAGAAGUGACGGCGACGAGUCAAAUAGUUACCGUAAAUAAACGAAACUGUGUCUACAUAUUAUAUUUUAGCAAAAAUUGUAUUUUUCGAAAGUUUCGCUUUAAAAAUUAAGUGCUGUAUUUAUAUUAUAUAUCAAUGAUUAAUAUGAACUGAUGGCCAUGUUUUAAAUAUUGUGUAAAGUAUGUAAGUGGAUGGAUGUAAAGUAAGGGGGCGACUAAAAACUAAAGAAAAGGUGGGAUGGACGCUGUGAAAGAUGAUUUGUGUAAAAGAGGAGUGAGCCCAGGUAUGAUGGUUGACAGGAAUUUGUGGAAAUCAUAUUGCGCCGACCCAAAAUAAAUGCGAAAAGGCAAGGUAAAGUUGAUGAUAACAAUGAUUAUACGGGGUGUUGUGACAUUUAUUUUUAUCCUAUUCCUAUUUAAUUCUAAAAAUUUUAAACAAAUUUUAUUGUACCACAUUUUUAGCAAUAAAUUCAUCCAUCCAUUUAUUAAAAAAAAUCAGAAGGUUAGAAGCCCACAGGGCUUUUAAAAGUAGUAGAUUUGUUUUAAUUAAUAGCUAACACCUCUUACCUAUUUUUAGUAGCUUCCAAAAAGAGUUUUUGAUUUGCCUUAUUUUUUUGCGAUUAUGAUAGGUAAGCGUUUACGUCGCCAGUUCUGAACCGAUUUUAUAAUUACUUUUGUAAUUGAUGGGUUUUUAAUUUGUGUCGGUCCUAUUUUAUUUUGUAUUAGUUUUAUUUUAUUGUUAGACUUUGCCGUUGGGAAAAAUUCGCUUGUUAUGAACCAAAAUCUAUAUGUAAACACGUAAUAUUUACAAAGUGUACAGUAUUUACGAACUAUCUCGUCGUUUGUUCACGGUCGAAGUCGCUUCUUUUUUUGCGGGGCAAUAUAUUAAGAGAAUAAGUCUUACACGACCUGAAAAUGUAAAACAUUUUAAGACAAAUAAAAUAAUCGGUGGUAAUUAAAUGGGAGUUAAAUAAGCAAACAACGGUCAACUGUUUGUUUAUUUAACUCCCCUCGGAGUACUAGGAGGAUAGAAGUCUACAGGAGAAUUGAAAGUAAUAAAAUUGUUAUACUGAAAAAAGAAGGGAUUGGCGAAUGAAAAACCUAUUACAAACCGCUUCGGGCAUACCAAUUUAAUAGUAAUAUAGCAAUUUAAUAUCCUAUAUCAAGUUCCUUAAGGAUAUCAUGGUCCGGAUAGACAUAGAAUCCCGUAUAAAAAUACAUUUUUCUGUACACAGUAUUAUUGUUUAGAAAAAUUCCAAUUAUUAUUUUAAGGUACAGUCAAUGAAAAAGUAAUGGAAGUUAGUGCUGUGUUUCUAUGGUUAUAAACAUGUCGAAUAUAGCAUUCAUAUGGUCGAUUUUAUUGUUUUAUUUUAGUUUAGGUAUUUUUAUUGCUAAUUGUACCGUAUCCGGAUGUCCAUAUUUUAUUAUGUUUCACUGUUGGAUUUUGACAAGUUGUUUGCCAUUUACUUACAUGUAAAUAAAUAUAUAGUUAUCUAUAAUUUUUUAUAUUAAAUGAAAAUAUACAUGCUAUAAUA